ACGUUCCAUCUUCAGAGCAGCCUGAACUGUUCCUAAAGAAACUUCAACAGUGCUGUGUCAUUUUUGACUUCAUGGACACGCUUUCAGACCUUAAAAUGAAAGAAUACAAGCGCUCCACUCUUAAUGAACUGGUGGACUACAUUACAAUAAGCAGAGGCUGUUUGACAGAGCAGACUUACCCUGAAGUAGUUAGAAUGGUAUCUUGCAAUAUCUUCAGAACUCUCCCACCUAGUGACAGCAAUGAAUUUGAUCCAGAAGAAGAUGAGCCCACCUUGGAGGCAUCAUGGCCACAUUUACAGCUUGUAUAUGAGUUUUUCAUACGAUUUUUGGAAAGCCAAGAAUUUCAGCCCAGCAUUGCCAAAAAGUACAUAGAUCAGAAAUUUGUAUUGCAGCUGUUGGAGCUGUUUGACAGUGAAGACCCUCGAGAACGAGACUACCUAAAAACAGUCUUGCACAGAAUUUAUGGCAAGUUUCUGGGUCUUAGAGCAUUUAUCCGAAAACAGAUAAAUAAUAUUUUUCUACGAUUUGUUUAUGAAACUGAACACUUCAAUGGCGUAGCUGAACUGUUGGAAAUUUUAGGAAGUAUUAUCAAUGGUUUUGCUUUACCUCUUAAGGCAGAGCAUAAACAGUUUCUGGUGAAGGUGCUGAUCCCUUUACAUACUGUCAGGAGUUUAUCACUCUUCCAUGCACAGCUGGCGUAUUGCAUAGUACAGUUUCUGGAGAAAGACCCGUCACUCACAGAACCAGUCAUUAGAGGUUUAAUGAAAUUCUGGCCGAAAACCUGCAGUCAGAAGGAGGUCAUGUUCCUAGGAGAGCUGGAGGAAAUCUUGGAUGUAAUCGAACCAUCACAAUUUGUCAAAAUCCAGGAACCCUUGUUUAAACAAAUUGCCAAGUGUGUCUCUAGCCCUCAUUUUCAGGUGGCUGAAAGAGCACUGUAUUAUUGGAAUAACGAAUACAUCAUGAGUUUGAUAGAGGAGAAUUCAAACGUUAUACUUCCCAUCAUGUUUUCCAGCCUUUAUAGGAUUUCUAAAGAACACUGGAAUCCGGCUAUUGUGGCUUUAGUCUACAAUGUGUUGAAGGCAUUUAUGGAAAUGAACAGCACCAUGUUUGACGAGCUGACAGCCACUUACAAGUCAGAUCGUCAGCGUGAGAAGAAGAAAGAGAAGGAGCGUGAAGAACUGUGGAAAAAACUGGAGGAUUUGGAAUUAAAGAGAGGUCUUAGACGUGAUGGAAUAAUUCCGACUUAACAGAAAAACAAAACAGCAUUAUUAACCUGUGGAGUCACACAUUUAUGUAGUAGAAGAUGGAGCAACAGUUUUCUGUAUUGUGCAACUUUACAGUAGAUUUCACAUUUGUUUCAUUAUUACAACAGCACUGUAUAUACCUGUCUCUAAGUAAAGGAAAAAAAUAAGGACUUUAAUCCAAAGUUUGGACAGCAGAUGGACUUCUCAGAACUUUGCAAACAUAAUCAUUGUUUUAACCCUUCUUUAAUACCAGUCUUCAAAGAUCUGUUGAUGAAAAUUGCAAUGUCAGAUUCCAUUGUCAGGACCUGUUCCUUAUUUAUCGUUAGCAGAGAGUAUAAUACGACUUUCAAAUGUGAACAAUCUUAAAAUUUAGCUUGUCUUUCUGCUAAACUGUUAAGUGUAUUUAUAGUAAAAGAGAAAAAAGACUGUCAUUUCCUUAUGAGUUUGUGUAACAUCCUCCUUCUCUGGAUAACUUUACUGUAAUUUGACUUUUUUUCCUUUUGCACAUCUUCAUAAGUUGAAUGUCCAUUCAGAUCAGGGCCAUGAAAACAUAGGUCCUGAAUAAAAGUUUUGUUUACUGGUGUGAGCAUUUUUUUAGUACCAGGCUGUCUCUGGUGCUUCCUUAAUUUGAACAUUAGGAGUUAAACAAGUAGGUGAUAAACGUAGUGGGAAAGGGAGCUUUGGAUUCAUGCACCUAUUUAUUGCAAAUCCAAGAUAUAGUGUCCACAAUCCUUUAAAAACGGGCAGUGGUAACACCCUGGACUUCUGUUCCUAACCAGUAUUAGUGAUACGGCAUUGGACACACAUACCAGAGUUGUUCUAGAAAUACUAAUUGCUAAAUUAUUACCGUAUGUUUUUAUUGGACCAUUUGGAAAGAAUAAAGACAAACACUAAACAGUGCAAGCAUGAAAUUGAUCUCCAGUGGUCAUGGAUCUAGUUGGAAAUUGAGUUGAGAUAGCAGUUUGGACUGUUUGGAGUUGUUGCCUUACUUUUUAAUAUGUAUUUAUAAAGUGUUCCAGCAAAAGAGGAUGUAGCCUCUAAGAAACAUACUAUAGUGUUUUUGUGGUUCUAGUACUAUUACUCAUCGCAGUACCAGCCCUAUGGUCUUAGCUGGAAAGGAUUCUGGAUAAUAUACUUCUGCAUUCUCAUCUGGAUGCUCAUUCCUAACUACUGUAUUUGUUACCAAAAGUGGUUCUACAAAUGCUACUGAAAAAAAUUCUGGAAAUCCUAAUGUUCUGAGUAUUAAUAAUAAAGUUUAAAAUGCUUUUAUAUCAAA